GGCUUAGCGCAGGCGCAGUGCGCGCGGGUCCUGACUGGCGCAGGCGCAGCGCGUCGACUCCGAGAAGAGAAGCAGCCAUGGACGACGAGGAGGAGACGUACCGGCUGUGGAAGAUCCGCAAGACCAUCAUGCAGUUGUGUCACGACCGUGGUUACCUGGUGACGCAGGACGAGCUGGACCAGACGCUAGAGGAGUUCAAAGCCCAGUUUGGAGACAAACCGAGUGAAGGGCGGCCACGGCGCACGGACCUCACCGUGCUGGUGGCCCACAAUGAUGACCCCACUGACCAGAUGUUCGUCUUCUUCCCAGAGGAGCCCAAGGUGGGCAUCAAGACCAUCAAGGUGUACUGCCAGCGCAUGCAGGAGGAGAACAUCACUCGUGCCCUCAUCGUGGUGCAGCAGGGAAUGACACCCUCCGCUAAGCAGUCCCUGGUCGACAUGGCCCCCAAGUACAUCCUGGAGCAGUUCCUACAGCAGGAGCUUCUCAUCAACAUUACGGAGCAUGAGCUGGUGCCCGAGCACGUUGUCAUGACCAAGGAAGAGGUGACGGAGCUGCUGGCCCGAUAUAAAUUGCGGGAGAACCAGCUGCCCAGGAUCCAGGCCGGAGACCCAGUGGCACGGUACUUUGGGAUAAAGCGUGGCCAGGUGGUGAAGAUCAUCCGGCCCAGUGAGACGGCGGGCAGGUACAUCACCUACCGGCUCGUGCAGUAGUGGUCACGCCCGCAGCCUCAGAGAUGGAUGGACUGUGAGGACCAGCACCCUCAGGACACCACCCAGGAUGAGGACGGCAUGUCCUGGCUAGUGACGCACAGUGUCCGCAUGGCAGGUCCUUGGAGCCUGGUGGGCAUCAGUGCUGACGUGGGCAGAUCCACAUCGGCUACUGCCAUAGGAGGGCAAGAGGGGCUGCGAGGACCCAGCCCUGGGCAGCCAACGUCCCAGGAGAGUCUGGGUCCUCCAGCUUCCUCGGCUCCAGGUGUCCCAUGCCUGCAGCCUGAGCUCCCCUCUCAUUUGUUUCUGUGUGCUCGGAGCUCAGCCAGGGAUGAGGUUAAGAGCAUUUUGAGUUGUGAGUACUGAGCAAUAAAAGGUCUUUCGAGUAACUAA